CGGCGGCCACUUCGCAGUCUGACUAGGCCAUUCAAUGGCAAUAGUUUAUUAAAUAUACAUUGAUUUCGGUUGUGAAACAUAAACAUUUGGUUAAUUCAAUCAACAAAAUCCAAACAAUCCAAAUCAAGGCUCUAUUUUGUGUAUUAAUUCUUGUGUGUGUUUUUUUUUUGUUCUUGUGGCAAUGUUUUUUUGGUGGUCGAAAGUUUUGGUGGCUUCUUUGCUAAUUGCCCUUGCCCAUGGUGUUUCUACAGCUACAAUUGAAUCGGACACACAAACGGUUAAGAUAGAACCCAAAAUUGUGGGUGGCCAUGAUAUAACUAUUGGCCAGGCUGCAUACACCGUAUCGGUGCGUUUAACUGCCAAUGACAAACGCUCCUUUGGCUCGGGACAUUUGUGCGGAGGAGUGGUCAUCUCACAGCGGUUGGUGGCCACAGCAGCUCAUUGUUGUGUGAAUUCUGCCACGGGAAAAUAUCGUACAGCUGGCGAAUAUGUCCUGGUAAUGGGAAGCACUUAUUUGAGAAGCAGUGAUUCGAAUACCCAAUCAUAUUAUCUGCAAGAAUUGAUUGUUCAUGCUGAAUAUAAUCAUUCAUCGCUUACCAAUGACAUUGCAUUGAUGUUUAUCAAUGGCUAUAUACCCUGGAAUUCAAAUACCGUAAAGGCUUUGCCCCUCAACACAGUCGCUUUGAGUUCAGGCACAAGUUGUGUGGUCACUGGAUGGGGUCUGCUGACAGAAGGUGGUACGGCUUCUAGUAAUACCCUACAAUUGGCAACUGUUCCAAUUGUCAGUUAUACUCAAUGCCAAAUUGGGUAUACAACUGUGCCCAGAUCACAAGUCUGUGCUGGCUAUAUGACUGGUGGCAUUGAUGCAUGCCAAGGUGAUUCUGGUGGUCCAUUGGCUUGCAAUGACCAAUUGGUUGGCAUUGUCUCCUAUGGUUAUGGCUGUGCCAAUAUCGGUUUUCCGGGUGUCUAUACGAAUGUAUCGUAUUAUCAUAGUUGGAUAGUCGAACAGAAUUCAACACUCAAUUACACAUUGUAUAAAAACACUGGAAUGCCAUUAAUGGCAGGUUCUACUGUCGUCAUCAUGUGUUUAAUUUCAUUGCUAAUUGCAUUGAUGGCCCAUUGAAUGACAUUUGCAUGUGAUUAACUAUAUUUAAUUAGUAGUUAGUUAGUUAUUCUUUACAUAGUUCAGGGCAUAUUUAAUAUCUUACUUUCAGGAGUGAAUAAAAGUGUUUAGAAGUUGUUACUGGAAGAGUUAAUUCUAAAGUUCCCUAAACUAUGCUAGAAUAAUGGUAUAUAUUA